AUGAAUCCCGAAGAUCCGCUAGUGCAGGCAUUACCGCCGGCCACUGACUAUCUCACCUAUCUUACCCUCCUCGAGUACCAGUUGACUCCCCAACGCCUCCCACUGCUCCACCAGCUGUUGCAAGAUGAGCGCCUCACUACCAACAUCGGCUGGGACCUCAUCAAGCUGCUUCUGCCCAUGCUCCCCGCAUCCACUGAAUGUCUGCAGGAUGUGGCCCGGCUCGGCAACCCGCGUGAGGUCAUCCUGCGGGUGUCCGAAGCCUUGAUGCAGCUCCAGCCCGAGGAAGACGACGACGACGACGACGAAGCCACGGAUGGCUCGUUACCCAAACAUAUACUGCAGUUCAACUGUCUCUUGGCCAUGCUGUCCUUGCUUCAUGGCCGAAUUCAAACCAAAGCUCCAAGCCGCUUCAUUGCGACUUCGCUCCAUGCCGCACUCGAGGCAUAUACAGCCAUGCCCUGUGACGAGACUACUCUGGCCCUGCUCGAGUUCCUCCGCGAUGUUUCUCCCAGCAAGCGACCGGCCCCACCCCCGCGAGCCUCAAGUGAGUCGAGCGUAUUGCGAACUGUGGAAAUUUCUGCUCCAGAUCCCGAAGCGGAAGUACCGUCGCCGUCACUGUCGGCAAACAACGAGAGCCUUUUGGUCAGGAAAUUCAUCCAAUUCGGUUUGUUGGAGUUACUCAAGUCCUAUCUCUUGAAUUUCUCGGGCCCAAUGGAUCCCGGCAUGUCCUGGACCGUUCGCAUGCAAGAGCAUCUGCAUCCAUCUCUGCGGUUGCCGGAACAGUCGCAGACACAGGCAUACUCAACCACCAAGGAACUGAGAGAACGGGACAUGCUCAUGGGCAAUAUUGUGGCAUUAUCACGAGAUGUUGGGAUGGAUAGUACUGAACUCUUGUCAAUCGUUUCCCGCUCCCCCCAGGAGCACCCGCCUCCGCUGGACUUCGAAGAGCCUCCAAAAUUCCCGGACGAAAUUCCACUGGAGCGCCACGGCUCACUGUUACUUCUUGCAGCCCGUGCCGCGGGCUUUACCCUCUUUACAUCUGGCCUUCAGAUGCCACCGCUCUCCGUCUUCCCAGAUAUAUCAGCGAUCUUCGCGAACUUCCUCGGUCACUCCGAAAAUGUGGAUGAAGUAGCUUAUGGCCAGCCGCAUGCGCUGCUCGACUCCUUGCUGGCUCUCACUGUGCACGCCAUGCAAAAUCCCAUUGUCACACCAUCCAGCGAGACAGAGUUCAAAGACUUCGCCAUUGCCUUGACUGCAUGCACAGCGCGCCAGACACAUGGUAUUGUCCGCCAGAUCCCAGCGACCGUCGUUCACAGUCAUCCGUCUUCCGCCACACGAUUUAAACUUAUCCACUCCAUCUUGGAAGAAAUGAGUUUGAUGUCUAUCCGGGACAGCGCUAUUGCGUGGUUGAGAGAGGAAAUCAUCGGUCACGAAUCAGCAGAUACCGUCUUCCACGACCCGCUUCAUUUUUGGGUUCUAUUCCAGCCCCUCUUCGGCCCGGUCAAAACAGCUACCUCUGCGAAUCUACUGGACAGUUGGAUGCGUCUCACUCAAACCGAGGGCCCGGCUUUGCACUCCGCAUUGAACCUCUACUAUCUACUCCUUUCGUCUUCUUCUCUAAGGGAUACCCUGCAACUGGAAAAGACCGUGGCCACCUUCCGUGGCGAUGGACUCAUCGAAUCUGCUGUUGGCAAGGAGAUGUGUCAGGUGGGCAAUGCUCGGUCUGUAGGAUUGAUUGGUCUCACGCUGGAUCAAAUUGAAGAGGCGGUUCACGAUGCCUAUGGGACCGAUGACUCGGAUUUGAAGGCGUUUACGCAAGAAGAAGAGACACGAGUGUCUGAGAUUCGGAAAGGGAUGGAGGGAUGGAACUAG